GUAGCAUGCCGCCUCUCGUAGCGUGAAUAUCGGGCGGGCUCUCGGUGCGGAGGAAUUGUGGCGAAAGAACGCGACACUCAUUGCUCACCUGACUUUUCGACCUCAUUCAUCAGUGAUCGAAGAUCGAAGAUUGAGAGAAGAGUGACGUUCUGUAGCGGCGACAUUUCAGGAAAACGACACGUCGUUGAUAAUUAGCAGUAGAACGGAAACCCAGGUGCAUUAACGUCGCACAACGACCGGGCAGCCGCGAUCACCGGGCUCAGAAUGAUGACAAUGCUAGGCUCAGAACAGCGACAGUGAAAUAUGGUGGACAAGGAAGAGUUGAGAAUAACGAAGGCGAAGGCCCCGCCACCGCCGCUGAAUCUCAGCGAGGCGAUCGAGGAUGAAGUGCUGAACCAAAAGACUGCUAGAAUCCUUAAGAAUGAUCUUCUUCUACACGAGGCUGUGAUAAAGAACGAAGCGGACACGGUUCGCAAAGUACUUAAGGAGACUGUCGACGUAGAUUCCAGAAAUAAUUAUGGUCGCGCUCCGAUUCAUUGGGCAGCGUCUCGAGGAAACACAGAAAUUAUUGAGAUGUUGAUGCAAGCCAAAUGCGAUAUCGAAGCGAGAGAUAAGUAUGGAAUGCGACCCUUACAUAUGGCCGCCCAGCACGGGCACCGGGACGCGGUGAAGAUGCUGAUCAAUGCCGGAGCAAAUGUAUCCGCGAUUAACAAGAAACAGCACACCCUCUUAAUGUGCGGCGCCCGCGGUAGCAAUGUAGCCGUGGUGGAAUACCUCGCGGAAGCAGUGGAAUCGUUAAACGGCGAGGCAACCGAUUGCACGGGGGCGACUGCUCUUCAUCAUGCAGCCAUCACCGGACAUCCGGCGGUAAUCACGGCGCUUGCAAACAUCCCGCGGAUCGUGCUAGAUGCCACGGACAAGAAAGGACAAACGCCGAUGCACUGUGCCUGCGCCGAGGAGCAUUUGGACGCGGUUGAGGUCCUUAUAGGAUUAGGAGCGAACGUAGACGCCCAGGAUAACGACGGCAACACCCCGCUUCACGUAGCUACCAGAACGAGGCACACAGGGAUCGCGCAAUUAUUAUUAAAGGCCGGGGCGAACACCGAGCUAAUCGACGCGGAGGGUUUCACUCCUCUCCACGUCGCCGCAAGCCAGGGUUGCAAAGGAAUACUCGACUCCAUGAUUCAGCACGGGGCCGAUCUUAACAAGCAGUGUAAGAACGGUAACACACCAUUGCAUCUGGCCUGCCAAAACAACGAAGUAGAAACGGUAGAGAUAUUAAUUAACAAAGGCGUCGAUCUCAAUUGUUUGAAUCUGAGGCUACAGUCGUCCAUACAUAUUGCGGCCGAGAUGGGACAUACGGAUAUCUGCGAGUUACUUCUUGCGGCAGGUGCGAAUAUCGAGCAGAAAGAACAGAGCGGCCGUACGCCACUUUACAUUGCGGCGAGGGGCAGUUUCACGGCCAUCGUCGACAUGAUCAUUAAGACCGCCAGAUUGGAUUAUCCGAUCCCGGAGAUCUCAAAUUCUGAUAAGGAGGUACGAGAGUUGACUCCGGCGCGAAGAUGGUGGAGGGAAGGAUCGCGCGGUGGCAGCAUCUCCAGCAACAACGGCCGCCUCUCGGAACAAGUGCGAUCCGUUCUUUGGAAGUUGGCCUACAAGCAGCUGGCACCUGGAGACUGGAAGAAAUUAGCCCUUCACUGGACCUUCACCCCCGAACAGAUCAAAGCUAUCGAGCAUCAGUAUACGGAACAGCCUUAUGAAAAGGACGAUAAAGCCCCAAUUGUAGGUCCCUCGAGUUACAAGGAGCACGGAUUUCGAAUGUUAAUGAUCUGGGCCUCCGGACUGAGUCCAGACGUGCCACUGAUGAAAGAGCUCUGCGAGGCUUUAUCAGCGGUGGACAAGAAAGCAGUUGCCGAUUCGGUUCGCAAACAGAUGGAGCAGGGGGAGGACGGUAAGGCGAAAUCGAAAGGGCAACGUUGUCAUAAAUGCUCCAUCGCGUGAAUAUCGACAAGUGCCAAGCUCAUACGUAAAUUUUACACACAAACACACACACACACACACAUACAUAUGAGAACGAAUGGAUGUCGUACUUUACGACGUAAUAGCUGUUGUUGCUGAAAACUUACCUGUAUUGUAAUGGGGAGAGUUCAACGAACUUGGUAAACGUCAUUAACGAAGGAUUUACGAGGAAGAUAAAAAAAAAGUAUAUACGAAGUUGUAUGUAAAUGCCUUUUGUACCAACGACAUGCAAUGUUACGCAAAUUCUUAGGAAUUUAACAAACCAGUAUAAUUUAUGACGCAGAUAUAGCUGUCACUAUCAUUUUGAAAGACUAAGAAUUUCUUUACAAAAUAUAUAAUCAGGUAUAACGUAAUUCGACACGGAGUUUAUAUCGAUACAUACAAAUUUUUUUAGUCAAAAUUUAACGUUUGAACUUCGAAUCUACGUGAAUAAGGCUAACUCGUCGUCAAUAAAGCUAAUUUAUCGGUAUUAUAUAUAAAAAAAUCACAUGAUUUAAAAAUCCAAAACAAAAUUCGUGAAAUGAAUUAUUACUUAACAAAUUUUUGGACCAGGCGGAUUGCAUAUCCUGUCUUAUCAUGUCGUAUUCAAGAAAAGCUGAUUGAAGAUUUUAAGUACAUACAGUAGCUUCAUUCGCUGUAGAAUAAAAAAAUCUAUGGACCCGCUACAUCGUCACCGGGUUAAACAAUAUCAUUUACACGACGUGACAACAAUCAAGAAGGUAUCUGAAUUAUAUACAAACAAUACGUGUAAAAAGAAGGAUACUUGAAAUGAAGUAUUUGAACAAUUAUACGUACGAAAUCAAGCCGUCCUAAGCUAAUCUUAAUUCAGGCACUCUAUCACGAUUCCGUUUUUACCUUCGCGAUUCUUUUAUAGAGAGAAACUUGUCCGUAACUUGGUAGAGACAAAAAGUACAGUUAGUACACAGAAGCCAUCGAAAAAAAGCGGUACAAUUGUAAAAUCAAAGUAAUACUCGAACGUAGAGAAUCUUCGAAAUAAUAUUAAUAAACGCAUAGAUUAAGUGUGAGAGUAAAUUUUGCAGGGCUUUCGAUGUGAUAACAGUUUAUUAGAGAUUAGACCUCGAAUGAAGAAUAUAAUAUAAAAUCGAUAGCGAUUAUCGCUGCACGGUUCUCGAAAGAGAGACAAUCUACAUAUCUGAAACUUACAAAUUUAGACGUAACUACGAACGACAACAUUAUACGUACUUUAUCUUGCAUCUCGCAAAAUUAUGUAAGUUAAAAGUUAUGAAAUUUUUUUUUAUUUUACACGAAAUCAAAUGCGUAAUAUAUAAAUUUGUAAGCGAGAAAGCAAGUCAUUUCCUCUUCAUCAUAUUUAGCUUAUAUAAUUUUAUAACGUUGACGAACUUAUACGUGAUUAAAAAAUAUCGAGAAUAAUUAAAUGCGAAAAUACUUUUUCUGCAUUUGUCUGUACCUAAUUCUUUCAUAAAAUUGAAUCAAUUAUUAAUAAAGCGAUAAUGCGGAAGAUAGCGUAGAAAUUAAAUACUUACCGCAUGGAUUAAAAAGAAAUCAUGGACUUCCGAAGCUGCUUUCUGAAAGUACGAUUUUACAACAAUGUGUACAUAUCUUGUCUUGAUGUAAUAAAUCGUUGUAUUCUGUAUAUCGUCGUAUUAUAUCAUUGUUGCAAACAUUAUAUAAAUUAUGUGAUAUAUGUGAUAUAUGUGUAGAACAAAAGUAGAUUUAUAAAAUUAUUUUUACUUGUAAUAAAUUGUACUGAUAAACAAAUUCAA